AUUUUAUUAAGUACAGUUCGAUUAAAUUAGUUUCUUAUGGCAAUGAAAGGAACAAUUCGAAUUCCCUUGAUAUUGUAUUGAAAAGUAAUUUAAUGAAUUAAUAAAGAUUCAUAUACGAGAAAUUUAGCAAAUUGAAGCUUUUAGUGUAGAUUAUCAAAUCAACAGUACACAGAAUUAAGAUGUAUCUAAGUACAGCGAUACUCUUUUCACUUUUCAUUUGUGUCACACUCAACACUUGGGCGAUCUGCCUAAAAGAAUGACUUCCCAAUGGUCUUUUUAAAGGUAACUGGCCCCUAUUCAGGCGUUACAGACGUGGAUAAACUCAACGUGGCCAACCCUCCCUGGAGAGGAGCAAACCCACAACCGAAUUCGCCACUGGUUGGCCAACAUGAACCUUCUACUAUUGCCAAAAAUAUUUACAUUUAAACUUCUAAUUUCAUUUAUAUAGAUGGAGAAAACGGAGAAUGACUUUAUUUCAACGUUACGGUAUACCAGGACCGAAACCGAAUUUUUCGUCGGAAAUUUAAAUGAAUUUAACAAUGGAGUAAGUACUGUCACUUGGAGAUCAAAACACAGAAAAAGUAAAACAUUGUUCUGUCAUACUCGUACAGAGAGUGAAACAAAUUGAAAAAUGGUUGCAACAAUACGGAAAAAUAAUCGGUGGAUCCUUCCUGAUGCUGGAUUUCCUCACAAUUCUUCUAGAAAUAUGCUUUCUACAAUAGCUGAUCAGAAAUGGAAGAAUUUAAGAAAUACACUAACCAGUUGUUUCAGUACAGGAAAGAUUAAAAUGAUGGGUUCCCUGAUGUCUCGUCCGAUUAAAAUCUUCUUAAAAAAUAUAGAGAAGCAAGGUGAUCAGCGGUUCGAUAUUGAAAAUAUGUGUAAAAGAUUAGUGUUUGAUAUAAUCUGCACAUCAGUUUUCGGUAUAAUCACAGAUGUGCAAAAUAAUGAAACUAAUACCUUUAUCGAGUCUGCUCACGCUGCGUUUUCAACUGAUACUUCUGAUGCUUUAGUUGGAAUAUCAAUUUGUUUUCCGGAAGUGGAACCAAUAUGCAGUUUCCUUCGAUAUAAAAUUGAGAACUUGAAGCAUUUUCUGAAUCUACCAUCUUGGACCACGGUUUAUGAGACAUCUCAAAAAGUGAUCGAUGCCAGGAAAAAAUUAAAUCAACGUCCACAAGAUCUGCUGCAGAGAAUCAUAGAUGCAGAAGAUGAGAGUAAUGGAGAAAUAAAGAAACUUUCAGACCAUAUUGUAAUUGCAAAUGCAAUGAUGUUUAUGGCAGCUGGAUAUGACACGACAAGUUCUACUUUACGAUGGUGUAUUUAUCAUCUCGCUUGUAAUCCUGAAAUACAACGAAAAGUCAAUGAAGAAAUUAAAUCUAACGUUUCAGAUGAUGUAGAUGUGCAGUAUACGGACUUAGGCAGUUUUCAGUUAUUAAAUCAAGUUAUCUCAGAAACACUUCGCCUUCACCCAUUGACUUCAGUCGUAGUGAAUAGAUUAUGCUCAGACAAUUAUUUUUAUAAAGACAUCACCAUUCCUAAAGGUAGUGUUAUAAUGGUUCCAGUACAAAUGCUGCAAAACGAUCCAGCUUAUUGGAGUGAACCUAAUAAAUUCAAUCCCUACAGGUUACAGAUUAAUUACGCUUACAAGUAUAUUAAAAAAAAACUGAUUCCAUCAUUUACCAACCAUUCGGUGCUGGACACAGAAUAUGUAUAGGUCAAAAAUUAGCAAUAACAAUACUACUAACUAAGCUCUACCGCCACUAAUCGGCUGGUAAACAGACUCCUUACGCCGUUUCACUCACUGCCUUAGUGACUAAAGAUUAAUCUUACGUAAUAAUAAUCAUCGACACCCUAAACCCGCUAUAAUACACCGUACUGUACGU